AAGUAGUAAGUAAUCUGUAAUCUCACAAUUAUUAUGACUAAGAUGUUUUGUUUUUGAAUGUCUAAAGGUAAAAUUAAAACUUUUUUAGACUGUUUGCAUGAUAGUGAGAGCCAAAUAAAAUGGUUAGCGAACUGUUCCUAAUGUACUCGCGAUUUCUGUGGAAAAGAGCAGACUGUCGAAAAUCGUCAAAUUGUUAGCCCGAUGAGUGAAUUGCUGCAGCCUCCGAGUGCUGCUGCAUUGCACCUCGUUCCCUUCGCCUGUUCUGGAGGAUUUUCUGACUUGUCCUUUAUGUGUUGAGAUUGUGGUGCCUGAAAGAUAAGAAAGAAUGAGACCUUCGUUUCCCCCAGCCAUGCAUAAUCCUGGCUUCGGAAGGUUCCGUCCUCCGCUAUACGAUCUGCAGGCUGCACAGUUGGCGAUGGGAUCCGGUUACGCUCCGCCGUGGCCUGGCGGAGCAAGAGGACCCCCUGCAUUCUAUCAGGGAUUGCAGGGACUGGGAAUUUCAGCUGCCAGUUUGGCUCGAUUCAAUUCUGCUUUCGGAUUCCAGCCUGGCAUUGCAGCGCCCGGUGCAGGAUACGCACAGCUUGAAAAUGUGCCCCGUGCUGGAUAUGACGGAAACGAACCAAAUAUUGGUGUGUUUCCCAAAACAGUGGAUCCGGCCCUUCGAGGCCAUCAGGUGGCAUCGACAGGAACUCAGAAUUCUACAACAGCUGCUGUGGCCGCGACCAUUGAACUCCCCCCACCACCGCCUCCUCCUCCUCCGCCCCCUCCACCGCGGAACCCUCCCCCACCUCCGGUCCCUACACAGGAUCCAGCUAUGCCUAUCCAUUCCGCCUCCCAGAUAUUAACUGCCGCUCCCACGGUUCCCGCCGUACCUGGCGGUAUGUUUGCAUCGACGGAGCAGUCAUCCACCGAAACGUCCGGCCAGAGUCCCAAUCUACAGCAACUGUUUGCCGCUAUCACCACACCCGAACACGAGCAGCAGUUUGAAGAUUAUCUAAAUCGCUGGCAGCAGUACUAUACCAAUUAUCAACAGUACUGUCAGACCGCGUGUGAUGCCUCAACGUUCAUGCAGUACACGGCACAAUUUCAGUCAUAUUUUGAAUAUUUGAGUUUCUACCGGAAAGCGCUGGCACAACGGAGGUCAUUGCGACUGGCGGCAGCACAAUCGGCGGUUCCCGAACCGUCCGUUCCUCCUCCUCCGCCACCUCCGCCCCCGCAGAACACUCUGCCGAUCUCCAAAUCAUCGCAUCCUCAGAAUUCUGCUGGGCCACGGAUUAUUGUUAACCCCGAAGCAAAAACAUUGACUUAUCAGCCGAACUCCAAACCUGCUGCUUCUACAGUCUCAUCGGGAAUGCCGGGAAUGUCAGCCGUGGAGUCAGCCGUGAACGACCGGAAUGUAUAUCAGAAGACACUUCCGAAUGCUGUUCCAAGUAUACGGCCAGCUGCUUCCUCGGUCCCCCUGAAGUUACCAGGAAACGUUACUCAUGCUAGCACGCCUAGAAUGUUGGGGAACUUUGGAGGGGUCCGGCCAGUUAAACAAAACACGCCCCUGGAAGACAACGAUUUGCUACCAACAUUUGUCAACACGGUUGAAAAGCCACAUGCCAGCACCUUCGGUAUUCCAGUAAGAACAGCAUCAUUUACCGACGCCGGAUCGGAGUCAUCUUUAGGCCAACCGAUUUCGACAAGGCUUCGUCAAGGGGGGUCGGUGGCUUCACUGGGGGAAUUUUCCAAGGGUCUUCCGAAUGUGUCUGCGCCGCUGCCAGCCGUGAACAUGGCUUCUUCGAUCCGCGUUCCCGUGCCACCAGCGCAGAGCGCGAAUUCCGUUUCGCCAGUUAAAUCGCGAUUCCCAGCUCCAUCAGCGCAUGGAGGUGUUCCACCACGGGAUAUUCCGAAUCCGGCUCGAAGCCACCUUCCGGAACAGAAAUCGGUUCCGAACAACAAUAUGCAAUCUAAAAGCAUCAAACCAAACGUUGGCCUUGAAGAUUACGCCGCGGAUGAUUAUGGUAAUAAUGGAUGGGAGGUGGAGGAAAUUCCACGGCACAGUGGUGCAGCCAAGCCGACGAAUGAUGAGCUCAAGGUCACAGCGGUUCAGAGCGUUGACGCUGGAAUAGCGAAUUUAGAGCGCCGUGACAAAUGCUUGUCCCCGAAUAACAAAGACCCCGUGCCGUUAGAAGCGGAUUGUGUUGAAGUGUCGGAAGAGGCGGAGAUUUUUGAAGAGCCGCAAGAUCCUUAUGAAGAAGACUCGGAAUUUGGAAGGCCAUAUUACAAUGACCCCGGUAUCGGCUGGCUGGGACGAAGGAUUCGCUUGUACUCCACCGAACCGCAUGUCGAUCCAGUUGCUGAUGCCGAGUACGCUAAAGUGCAGGAAGAGCGCUUAUUAUCGGAACUUCGAAAAAUCCGAGACUUUCUUCCCGACCAUAUUAAAAAUGCUCGUGAUACUCGCAAGCCAGGUUUUCCUGGACGCAACCGAGGAUCGGCAACGAAACGCACUGCAAAGUCCGAUGAACGCAGACAUGACCGGAGAUCACCCAAACGUGAAGACAACCGACGGUCACCAAACCGCGACGAUUAUCGUUUACGGAAUUGGGAUUCGCCGACGGACGAAUAUGGAUCCCGGCAGUUCCCAUCGGCCUCCAGAAAAUCCGAUUUUUCUCGACGGUCCCCAUCUCCAGAUUAUGGGCGGUCGCGUGCUCGUUCGCGGUCUCCGCAUCGCGAUAGGCUUUCACCGCCGGCACCGUAUAGACCUUCCUUGUCGCCUGAACCGCUGUCGUUCAUUAAACCAUCGGCAGAGCCGUAUUAUGAGAGACCAGUGGGCGCUCCCUAUGUAAACCCGUUUGUGGAUCGGUAUGGCUUGUCACUACUGGUUCAGUCUAUGGCACCAGCGAUUCCGGAAUCCAGACUUUCCGCCGAAGUCGCACAAAAAGUGGGAUGUGCCAGAAAUUUGAUGGAAGCAUUGAGUCAAAAUCGACCCAUAACAGUGAAUGAAAUCCUUAAUAUUGUUAGCUCUGUGAAAACGGAAGCUGUUCUGAGCCAAGCUAAACAUACAGACCCGGUUGCACCUCGAUCUGGCGAUCCCGAACCUUCUCCAGCGCAGCCAAUCAAGAGUAUUGCCGGACAGAAAAUUACCACAACGGGAAGGUCAGCGCCCAAACCACUGGAACCGGCUAAAUCAGUUGAACCGGUUUUUGGAAAGCGAAUUUCAUCGGUAGUAAAAUCUUCUACGGAUUUACCGUCGUUCACUGAAAUCCGACGUCUGCAGUCUAUGGAAGAAAGGUUGAACGUCAUACCUACACCAAAGCCACCUCAAAAGGGGCCACCACUAAAAGCGCAAACUUCGGUCGAUAAAGCACGGAAACCAGCUCCUUCGACUGAACCUCGAUCAAAGUUAUCGAAAACAUCAUCAUCAGAAAAACCUCCCAAGAGUUCGGCACCUGAGGGUCCGUUGAAGCCACCGGUUGUUCUGCCAACCGGAAAAACUCAGGAGCCGGUGGUUGCGCGGCGUCCUCAGCAGUCACAGUUGGGUCCAAAAUUCGUGGAAGGUGCUUGGACCAACGUAUCAGAGGAAGGUACCUCGCGACAACAGAGCGGUCCGGCUGCCGUCAGUCAGCCGGACGCUACUGCGCCGAAUGUCAAUCCCGAGGUCGCGCAUGAACUAGGAAUGAGCGAACGACAGAUAUUGGACGCGGUGGAACGAGCCAAACAGUUGUUUGGCAGUCAAAUGCCAACGGAUCAGUCUGACAAGCUGGUUUCGCUGCUGCAGUCCAUUAUUUUUACAGCCCAAAAUAAGCCACUACCCAGUGGUGAGGCGAAACCAGUCUCCGUACCUGAUUAUGACGCACGGAUUGCCGAUAAUAAGGAAAGAAAUCCAGGUAGGCCACCGGAAAUGCGGGAUACGCGCAUGGAAUCGCAACUGUCUGUCCCACCAACCUUCCUUCAUGUUCCCGAUGAUUCGAUACGCCGUCGCGAAAUUAGUUCUCGUCAUGAUGACCUUACGGUCACAAUUCCAGGAAAUCGGUUAGAUAGGCCCAUGGAUCAUGGUGGAAGCAUGCACGACAGUCGAGUGUAUUCACCAGCAAAUCUCUUCCAUUCUCCCGUCGAUCAGGAGCGGAAUUUUGCCUCUCCUGUAGGACCUUCUGGUCGAGCUUUGAGUGGAUUCUUCGCCAAAGUUCUUCAGCAACGCGAACAACAGAUUGGACCGAGAGAGUAUGGAGUGCCGGCAAUUUAUCCACAACCCCCGAUUCAGUUGGUGCACUCAGAAUCACGGAUGGAGCAUGACGAAAGAAAAGAUGAAGGAGAACGUUAUCGCAGAUACAAUGAGGAGAGGGAUGUGUAUAGGAGAGAACGGUCAACAAGUAGGGAUAGAUACUACAGAAGAGAGCGAAGUCCAAGCCGAGAACGUUAUUAUCGUGGGGAAGUCAGUGAAGAGCGAAGAAAUCGCUGUAGUCCUGAGCCGGUAUCACGCUUCGAUUCAGAUAGGGAGCGUGCACAUGCUGAUCGACGUGGAACAAUUUCUAAGAUUGUUCCAAUAGCUGACCUUUUACCACGGGGUAGUCGUCGCAUGAAGAAACUGACGAUUAUUCUCCGCGGUCCGCCCGGAUCGGGCAAGAGCUGGGUAGCCAAACGACUAAAGGAUAUUGAACCGGAAGCGCGGAUCUUAUCCAUGGAUGACUACUUUGAGGCAGAUAAUGACAGUGGCGUCAACAAGGCGCCCCACUAUGCCUACGAUGCCAAGAUGGAAGACAAAUAUCGCAGAGAGCUUGAAAAAGGGUUUAAAAAGAAAGUUGAUGAUCCGCACUGCUCCUGUGUAGUGAUUGACGCAUGUAACGAAAAAGUGGAGCAUUUCUUGAGUAUGUAUAAAUAUGGUGAUCGCAAUGGCUAUGAAGUGGUCAUUGGGGAACUGCCUUUUGGAAAGCCCUACGAACUGGAAAAACGAAGUGUCCAUGGAAGGUCUAGUACGGAGAUUGCUGAGAUUCUUCGGAACUGGGAACCAACUCCCAGUCAUAUGUUCAAAAUUGAUCUCGGGGAGAUAGUUGCUGAUAUGCCGGCAUUCGAAGAAACAUCAAAGGAUGGGAAGCCGAAAAAGAUUUCCAUGAAGUUAGCGGCUAAAGCGCCAGCGAAAAGUAAAUGGGAAGACGAUGAUGACGGCUCUGCUGAAGGAUCAGCAAAGAAAAAUAAAGUUGAAUGGGUCGAAAAGCCAAAGUCACCACCGCAAGUAAUGAAUCCUCUGCAGAAGUGGGUUGAGAAGAACGUUCCGGAGGCGAAAAAGGACAAAGACGUUAAUGAGAAGAAUUCCGGGAGCAAGAAACGAGAAGCGUCGGCGUCAGGAUCAUCUUCACAAAGGAAAAAGUGAGGACUGCGUGCGGUACUUGCGGUCAUUGAAUUCAUAGCUUUGCUCCUCUUCUACGUUGCUUUCAAGUGACAUUCUGGUUCGACUUGGCGGUUUAUUUUAUCUACAUAAAUCUUUCAACUUAUUACAGAUUGUUGAAGAAAGUUGCACGUUUUGUGUUGACAGCGGUGGUUGGAAAUAUAUUCUGUUAUUAAUCUUGUGUGCAUUCACUUUGAACUGUAGGAUUUCUCGUUUAUCUGUUUUUCAUGUAAUUUUGGUUUUCAUGGUACAAAAGUUUGAUUUUUGACGUUUAUCUCUUUCAACGCAACUGGAAGUGUUUGUGCGUGUUUAUAUAAUUCAACAGGAACGAAUGCUGAGUAGAUGCAAAGCGAUUUACGGCGAUAAAGUAGAU